AUGGCCCCGGGGUCGCUCGGCAUGAACCCUGCUGGGCUCAGGACGUACAGCGGGGACCGUGCGGGGCCCGGGCCGUUGCCCUUCAGCGUCAAGUCGCUGCUGCAGGCAGAGCACUGGCUGGGCGCGGAGCCCGCGGAACCCCGGGAGGAGAGGCCGCGGGGCGCCGCGGAACCCCGGGCCUGGGUCCCGGCGGCCGCCCCCUUGUCCUCCCCACGCGCCCCCAGCCCUCCACCCUGCACCCUCAGGAAACACAAGAACAACCGCAAGCCGCGGACGCCCUUCACCACCGCGCAGCUGCUGGCGCUGGAGGGCAAGUUCCGCCAGAAGCAGUACCUGUCCAUCGCGGAGCGCGCCGAGUUCUCCAGCAGCCUGAGCCUCUCCGAGACGCAGGUCAAGAUCUGGUUUCAGAACCGCCGGGCCAAGGCCAAGCGACUGCAGGAGGCCGAGCUGGAGAAGCUGAAGCUGGCGGCCAAGCCGCUGCUGCCCUCGUUCGCCCUGCCCUUCCCGCUGGGCGCCCACCUUCACGGCUCCCCGGCUGUGUACGGCAGCGCGGCGGGCUCCCUGCCGCAGGUGCGGGGACUCCUCGCCGCGCCCGUGGCCGCCUACGGCAUGUAUUACCUGUCCUAG